CAUGCCAACGUCAAUAAUUUAAAUAGUUUUAAUUUAUUUAAAAAAACAUUAUUUACAAUAUGAGUCGUCCUCAAGAAAGUUUGGAGAACAAAAAAGACCAUAAAAUACAAGAAAAUAUCGCUAAGUGGCAGUCGGUCAACGAGCCUUUAGCCCCAUUAAGUGAGCAACAACUUAACAUUAUUUACGAAUUAGGUGAUAUAGUAUCAAAUUUAUACAAUAAAUCAGAAAUAAAUGAAAAUGAACAGCCAGAUGGCGAAGCAGAAGUUCUUCCUGAUACUAUACACAAAAUGCAAGAUUUUAUAAAAUGGUCAAUAGCAGUAGAAGAUGAAAUAAAGCAUGAAAAUCUUGACAACUUCCAGAAUUACUACGAAAUGUUGGCUGAGUAUCGAACAGAUUCCGAAAGUUUGUAUGAUCUAUCUAACAGUGCUUUAAGCUCUUUAAACAAUCUGAAGCAGAAUUAUGAAAGUGUCACAGAAAAAACUAAUUAUUUACACGACCUUAGCGAACAACUAAUGACCAACCAGCGAAUCCUUAAAGAAAAAAAGCAGUCAUUAAAUAACAAACUUCAGUAUUUUACAAACUUUAAGAAAUGCCAAGAAGGCAUCGAGAAGCUAGGAAAUAGAAUCAACAGUGAAGAUUGCACCAGAUAUUUAGAUAAAAUAGAUGAGAGUAUAAGUUAUUUAAACACUCAUCUGCAUUACAAGGAAUCUAGAAUAUACAAAAUGAAAUAUGAAAGCUUACUGAACCUUACUCUUAACAAAAUAUACGAUUACAUCAAUAAUAUUUUGAUAGAAACUACAAAGCAAGUAAUAGAGCCCGAUAUUAAAAUCCAAUCGCUACCUCAAACAUCAAACGAACCAAACACUUUCGUCGAUUCGGCAUUUUCUCUUUAUUACGGAAAAUUCCAAAGCGUUUCUUCGAAAGUCAGAUUCAUUCUAACCAAUCUCGAGGAACGUGAAGAUCAAAACGAACAAUACAAAAACGUAUUAGACGAUUGCAAAAAAUCCUUCUUCGCGCAAAGAUUGCCUCUACUAACAGUAGCCGUCAGCAAAGCUCUGAACGAGUUGAAAGAAAAAUAUCAAAAAGACCACAGCACUGUAUUCAGAUCCUGCAGUUUAUUCAUUUUAAAAGUGUGCCAAGACGAAGCAACAUGCUACAAUUACUUUUUUUCCAAACCUUCCGAUCACCUGAACGAUUACUUGGGAAAAUUGUGCCAAUAUCUGUACGACACUUUGAGACCGAACCUCAUCAACAUCAAUCACAUCGAAGUGCUAUGCGAAUUAUGCGGAAUUCUGAAUAACGAAUUAUUGAACGAAAAGAUCAUUGAUACCUACCAACUUAGUAAAUACGUAGAAGUGAUCCAGCAGCUGUGGCAAGAUGUCGAAGAACGAUUAGUUUUCAGAACGAAUGUUUUCUUCCAACACGAUCUACUUAAUUAUAAACCGUCACCAGGCGAUUUAGCUUACCCGGAAAAAUUAGAACAAAUGGAAAAUAUCGCCAUGGAGUUAAGGGAACGAUCGGAUUCCAGAAAUUCAGUGGUCUCUUUGGAAUCCCAAGAAGUCGCUCAUAUUAACGCUGCUCAGUUGGCACACUUUCGAUCGUACACAGGAAAUUCCCCGGCUGAUUUGCAUGGUAUGUGGUACCCGACAGUCAAACGUACUCUGGUUUGUCUUUCACGCUUGUAUUUCUGCUUGGAUCGCAACACGUUCCAAGGUUUGGCUCAAGAAGCUCUGGUAAUUUGCGUAGAAACUGUACAGAACGCUGCCAAUCUCAUAUCUUCCCGCAAAUCAAAAGUAGAUGGUUUUCUGUUCCAAAUUAAGCAUCUAUUGAUAAUUAGAGAACAAAUAGCACCGUUUCAGGUGGACUUUACUGUGAAAGAAACCAUGCUAGAUUUUAGUACAGUUCAAAAGGCUGCAAUGGAUUUAAUAAGUCACCGCAACAAAAUAUUCACAUUCGGGUCUAAUAACGCGUUGUUAGAAUUCCUGUUAGAAGGCACGCCGAAGGUUAAGGAAUACCUCGUUGAUUCAAGGAAAGAAAUUGACAAGCAACUGAAAAUUUCUUGUGAAUCUUUCAUUACAUUAGCAACGCAAUUGCUAGUAGGAACUAUUCUUCAAUGGGUGCAACAAUGCGAAGUAUAUAUGCAGAAUUGUGAGAAAGUAGGUGGAGCAGCGCCAGGAACUAAGUUACCCGAACAAGAAUUUGCCAAGGCGUCUGUACUGUCUGGAAUAAUUAAUGAAGUUCUCAAAAAUAUGAAAACCAAAAUUCCAGAAAUUCAGAGAUCUAUGCAAUUGUACUUGGCCAACAGAGAAACCGAAUUUAUUCUAUUUCGACCUAUCAAGAACAACGUCAUCAAUGCUUUCAUGCAAAUUGACCAGUUGUUAUUGAAAGGGUGUUACAGUGAUGAAGAUCAAUUGUUGGCUGGUUGUCCGUCGCCGGAACAGAUCAAUAUACUUAUUUGCUCUGUAUCUUUGACUAGUGGACAGGAUAGCAGAAACCUAACUAAUUAAAUAACAGACAAGCUUGUAGCUUCUCGAUCCAUUCUUGUGCCGAUGCUGUAUCGAUAGCGCAAAAAUUGUAUGUUCGGCGACUAGUUCGUAACUGCAAAUACAAAAUAAAUUUGCAAUUAUUCUACAUAAACUUCAACACGUUACUUACAUCAAAGAAAGACUUAUCGUCCGUUUUCUUAGGAGGACCUGGCGCUGGCGGUGCAGGAUUCACCGACAUUACUUCAGCUAAAUCUACAACAAUCGCAUUAAUAAAAAAUUCCAGCAACAGUUUGUCGAUUACCACUUACCUAUAUACCCUUUGCAAUGAGAAUCUUCCAUCGCAUCGUAAUAUCUAAGUUGGUGUUUUAUGGAAUCCAGCACAAACCAUCUUUGUUUCCAGCCUUUGAGCAAUGCACCUCUUUUGUACAAAUAUCCUUCGUGCGUUCUAUCUUCGGCGACGUUCGACGAAAAUUGUUCAUAGUACUGUUGAUUAGACGUUUGACGAGCGCUUCCUAAAAUCGUACGUUUAUAACACUUUCAGAGUACAAAUUUAACAAAUCUUACCCGAACUAACGGACGCGUUGUCACCAGUGUUACCCUGCGAAUGUGACGUUACACUAUCUGCAACGGAUUUGUACUUUGUACAGUUUUUAGGUACACUGUCUGUACAUUUUUCAUGGCAGCUGUAUCCGCAAUCCAUACAUCUCAUACCAGUCUGAAAGGCACCAUUUAAACCACAUCGUUUUAUACCAAUUGAAGAAUACGACUUACCUUUACUGGUCCCCACAAUACGUUCGAGCAAUGAUCGCAGUAAGUGGGAGUAGUGUAAUUGUAACGUUCGAAUCUAUGCGGAUGGGAGUAAAUGAGAGAGGUUUCGGCUGCACCGACCAUUUUACCCCUCAUUAAAAUUUCCAGCGUCGAUCGUUUAUGCACCAAUCUUCCGUGCGAUCUAACCAAGGCAGUGCUGAAGGAAGCGUGACGCUGAAAAAAAGUACCAAUAAAAUAUAUAAACAUUUAGAAUUAAUACAUUUAUUUACUGUAAGAGAAUCGGUCAACGGGAUUUCCAAUUUGUCCCAAAGGAUCUUCCACUUUUGCGGCAAAUGGCCCAGUUCGGAUUCCAGCUUGUGGAUUUCCUCGAGCAAAUGGCUGAAAGCGUCCGGGACCGUUCUGUUCACGUUAUCGUAUCCCAAGCACACGAUUUUCCUGGUUUUCGCGAUGCCAUCCGCUGCUUCGGCUUCUUCCUCCUGUUGGGAAUCCAUCUGAUUUAUCUCCGGAUCGUAGCUCGGCCCGUACCGCAGGUCUUCGUCGAGAUAGUAGCUCCAGAUUUCCAAGCAAGGCAGGUAGGAUUGGGGUCUCAGCACCGGAUGCUCGAAGUCCGGCGUGUACAUGAAGUUGAAAAACAUCGGAUUCCUGGCGUGCUGUUUUUCCACGUAAUCGAAAACGCUUUGGCCCAAGUUGGGUCCUUGAGAAGACGAGGCAAUCCUGCCACCUGGGUAGAUGUUCUCAUCGUCCGAAACAGUAUCGACGCUUUUGUGGUGGGACGUCAGGGAGCCUCGCUUGUCUUCGACAGCAGCAACUCCGCUUUCGAC